UCUCUAGCUAGACGUGUUCCUCGCUGACAGUUUCUGUGGUGGCAUCAGCUGAGCGCACGGCCCAAUGGACGCGCUUCACUUUUAUCCAUACGUCACGUUGGACGAUGUCGACGUCGGCGCCUGCGUCGGCGUUGACGUUAACGUCGAAGACCGUUGCGCUAUUUGCCGUUUGUCCCAUUUCGUUGUCGUGUGCUUUGCUUUGCGGUUCUCGUUCUUUUUGCUCGGUGCUCGUCCGUUUAUUUUUGUAUAUUUGUCGCAUAUAUAUUUUGCUGGCAGGCGGAGAAGAAGCAGCGCAUAGCGUAACUGUAACUGUAUCAGUAACGGUAAACUUGUGGGCUUAGUUAACUGAAGGAGUUAUGGCUGCCAAAGAUCGUCUACCAAUAUUUCCAUCGCGUGGAGCACAAACGUUGAUGAAAUCACGUCUGGCGGGCGCCACGAAGGGCCAUGGCCUACUUAAGAAGAAGGCAGAUGCUUUGCAGAUGCGUUUUCGUUUGAUUCUGGGCAAGAUCAUUGAGACCAAAAUGCUAAUGGGCCAGGUGAUGAAGGAGGCGGCCUUCUCUUUGGCCGAGGUCAAAUUCACGACGGGCGACAUAAAUCAGAUUGUGCUGCAGAAUGUGACCAAGGCACAGAUCAAGAUACGCACCAAAAAGGAUAAUGUUGCCGGUGUUACUCUGCCCCUUUUUGAGCCCUAUCAGGAUGGUGUCGAUACUUAUGAGCUGGCUGGAUUGGCGCGCGGCGGCCAGCAGCUGGCCAAGCUUAAGAAGAACUAUCAGAGCGCGGUGCGCCUGCUUGUCGAGCUGGCAUCGUUGCAAACGUCCUUUGUGACGCUGGACGAUGUCAUCAAGGUGACCAACAGGCGUGUCAAUGCCAUCGAGCAUGUUAUAAUACCGCGCAUCAAUCGCACCAUUGAGUACAUCAUCAGUGAGCUGGACGAGUUGGAGCGAGAGGAAUUCUAUCGCCUGAAGAAGAUCCAGGACAAGAAGCGUGAGGCCCGCAAAUGCGCAGACCGAAAGCGCGAGGAGCUGCGUCGCCAGGGCUACAAUGUGCCCAGCAGCGAACAGGCGCAGAACAUACUCGAAAACGAAGGCGACGAGGACUUGCUCUUCUAAGUAGAAGAGUCUCUUGCGGGCCAAUCAGCGAGCACUUAUAAUUCGCACUCACACGCGCACACACAGACACAUAUGCACACGCACAGACGCACACGCAUUCGCACACGCACACGUAGACGCAGACGCAGACGCAGACUUCUUUAGGCUUCGAGAAUGUGACGCCUUUGCAAGAAUUAAUUCAAUUUCUACGCUCACAUUGUGCU